CAUUCGAUCGUAUCGUCGCACACCAAACGGCUAUAAUAGGCGUUACAAUUCACAUUUACCAUUCCAAAUUCCAUUUUACAAUUCACACCCAGAAACUAAUAUAAGCCUCAAACUUAACAUCGAUCGUUACUGGGUUUUGCCACCUUUCAUUCUACACUUCACAUAACAACCCAAUUCCUAACUUUUUCAUCUUUUCGUUUAUCCCAACACAUAAAUAUCAAAACAUAAACUUUGGUUUUCCUGCUUUCUUCUUCGCCAUGUCUGAGGGUUAUUAUAUCUCGAAGAAGACUGAUGAUAUCUGCGAGGAUGUUUGUGGAGAGCAGGGAACGCCUGCAGCGCUGAAUAUGUCGAGAAGACUGAAGUGUAUUUUGAGAGGAUUGGACUUCAAGACUUACAUGUUUAUGUUUAUUAUCAUCCCAAUAGGUGUUUUUUUGAUCUAUUUGCACGGCCAGAAAAUCUCAUACUUUUUUAGACCACUGUGGGAAUCUCCGCCGAAGCCUUUUCAUGAAAUCCCUCACUAUUAUCACGAGAACGUGUCGAUGGAGUCUCUUUGUAAACUUCACGGUUGGGGAGUUCGCGAAUCACCUAGACGUGUCUUUGACGCUGUUUUGUUUAGCAAUGAAGUUGAAAUGCUUACUAUCCGAUGGAAAGAAAUGUAUCCUUAUGUUUCACAGUAUGUACUUCUCGAAUCAAACUCGACGUUUACUGGAUUUGUAAAACCGUUGGUUUACGCGGGCAAUAGGGACAAGUUCAAGUUUGUUGAGCCACGUCUGACAUAUGGCGUUAUUGGUGGGAGGUUCAGGAAAAAGGAAAAUCCGUUCAUUGAGGAGGCGUAUCAAAGAGUUGCGUUAGAUCAGCUUCUGAGGAUAGCAGGCAUUGAAGAUGAUGAUCUUUUGAUAAUGUCGGAUGUUGACGAGAUUCCCAGUGCACACACAAUUAAUCUCUUGAGGUGGUGCGAUGAAAUACCUCCGGUUCUUCAUCUUCAACUGAGGAAUUACUUGUACUCUUUCGAGUUUUUUCUCGACAACAAAAGCUGGAGAGCGUCAAUCCACAGAUACCAGGCCGACAAAACAAGAUAUGCACACUAUAGACAGUCUGAUGUACUGCUAUCAGAUGCUGGGUGGCAUUGUAGUUUCUGUUUCCGCCGUAUCAGUGAGUUUGUGUUUAAGAUGAAAGCGUACAGCCACUACGAUCGCGUGAGGUUCCCUCAUUACUUGAACCCUGAACGGAUCCAGAAUGUGAUAUGCAAAGGUGCUGACUUAUUCGACAUGCUUCCCGAAGAGUAUACAUUCAAGGAGAUCAUUGGAAAACUUGGACCGAUUCCACAUUCUUAUUCCGCAGUGCAUCUUCCUGCAUAUUUAUUAAAUAACGCGGAUAGAUACAAGUACUUGUUACCUGGUAACUGCAAAAGAGAAAGUGGCUGACUCUGAAUGUAGGUGUUUUCUUUAAUUUUGGAACUAAUUGAAUGAUUCAUAGGGUCAUUCUUUAGAGGGAUGCUCAGAUAAGGCUGGUAAGAUUUUGGAAUUUGACAGGAAACUCUGUUUACCCAAUUUUUCGAAACCCUAUUGGAGAAGCACGGGUGGACCAUACGAGGGAAACAUAGUCUUUUUUUAUGCCUUUUGAGCAAGCUUUUGUACCAUGGAAUUUGGAUUUAUUGGAUAAGUUAUACACAUUACAACCACUUUGGUUGCUUACUGAUUUAACUUUAAUUCAAUUGCUUUUUGAGCUCCAUUUUGAUUAGAUUAUCUGUAAUUGAUUUAUUUACUCGCUCCCUAUUGUGUUUGUUUUUUUAAAUCUCAUUUGAGAAAUCUAGUGACGCAGUUAGUUAUAAGCGUAAAUGAUCUGUUUGAAACCCUGGUGUGACUGUUGUCAUCGUAGAAUUGAAUUUGGAUUCUCCGCUGUAUCGCCACUUGAACUUGCUGAGUACAGUAAAUUCAUUUUCCUUUGAAAAACCUGUUAAAGAUUUGGUACCAAAAAUUUAUUACAAAAUGAGACUUUGCAUGUUCUAUGGCUAUGUCACAUGAUUUCCCGCUCCCUGCAAAUAAU